CUAUGAAAAUAUCGAAAACAUGAUAGUGGAAAAUUAGUUAAAAAGUUAUAUUAUACUCAUAUAAGUCAUAAUAUAAUUACAAUAACAUCAAUCAAAUCACAUCGUUUGUAGUUACAUUUACCUUUUUGAAUUAAAAAUGGCAUUAAACUACAGUUCUAUCGACGAUGACGGUGCUUUUUCAUUCAGGAAUCUUGAAAGAAAUGCAAAACUUGAAAAAAUGGGACUAAAAAUGCCUAGUUUUCGAAAAACAGGUACUACAAUUGUAGGAGUGACUACUCGCGAUUGUGUCAUUUUAGCUGCAGAUACACGUGCUACAUCAGAUACAAUAGUCAUGGAAAAAAAUUGUGAAAAAAUCCAUUACAUUGGCAAAUAUAUGCAUUGUUGUGGUGCUGGUACAGCAGCAGACACUAUGCAAGUUACACGUAUGGUAUCUGCCAAUGUUUCCUUGCAGGCAUUCAAAUUUCCUGAUGAAAUGGUUCCUGUUGCAUUUGCUGCCAGGUCACUCCGUCAAUACCUUUUCAAAUACAUGGGUUAUGUUUCAGCCGCAUUAAUUUUGGGUGGUAUUGAUAACAGUGGCUCACAUUUAUAUUCCAUUUACCCUCAUGGUUCAAUUGAUAAAUUACCUUAUAUAUCUAUGGGAUCAGGAAGCAUGGCAGCUAUUUCAGAACUUGAAAGUCGCUGGAAUGAAAAUUUAACUGAAGAAGAAGGUAUGAAACUGGCAUGCGAUGCUAUUUUGGGUGGUGUAUUUAAUGAUCUUGGAUCUGGAAGUAAUGUGGAUCUAUGUGUUAUCAAAAAAGAUGGAACUCGUAUGCUCAGAAACUAUUUGACACCUAAUAAGAAGCCAGCAACUGCUAAAUAUGUUUAUCCAACUGGUUUGACUAAAGUUUUGCACAAAAGUGAAAUCAAAUUCCAAAUUGCUGAAGAAACUGUCAUGGAAGUCGAUUCUUAAAUUUUUUUUUUUUAAAUUUAAGUUUUAAGUAUGAAUAAGAAUUAUUUUGUAUACAUUUUCUUUUUCCGAUAAAACUGUUUUUAAAUUGGUAUUGGUGUCAACAUUUUAUUUAUGUAAAA